AUGGCAGAUGUAGCACUGCAAUUUGUAGUGGAGACCCUGGUGCCGAUUAUAAUUGAAAAUUGGAAGAUAAUUGGUGGCGCAAAAGAAGAUCCUGCACAACUGUUGGGAGAGCUUAAUCGGUUAAAGGCCUUUCUAAAGGAUGCUGCAACAUACCGUCAAAGCAACAGCGAACAGUGGAAAUACUUUAUCAAAGAAGUUCAAGUUAUGGUAUAUAAAGCUGAGGGUCUUAUUGAUAAGCUCCUGGUUGAGGAGAAGCUGCACCAAGAGAAAAAUAUAAUUAUGCAAAACUUGGAUGCUAAAUAUGCCAAAAAAGCACGGGAUCUUGCAAAAGAGAUUAGAGACGCCCUUGAACAGGUGAAGAAGAUUCGCCAACAAAAUCCAGAGGCGUUUCAGGCUAAGCCAAUGCUUGAUGAUCAGCCAGAAAUUGUUGCCCCGGGGCCACAGGAUACUUUGUUGGAAGAAAAUGAAGUUGUCGGCUUUGACGAGGAAGCGAAAAUAGUGAUCGAACGACUUGCUGAAGGAACAGAUGAUUUAGAUGUUAUCCCUGUGGUAGGAUUAGCUGGACUUGGCAAAACCACACUGGCAAUAAAAAUCUAUAAUGAUCCUAAGAUUUGCUAUGAAUUUUUCAAGACCAUUUGGGUUUACGUAGGACCACAACAAUACAAACCAAAGGAGGUGUUUCUUAGUAUACUGGAAGGGUUCACGAAACGCACGACAGAAUAUCAACAUAUGGCUGUCAGUGACUUGACAAACAUAAUACGUGAAUUCAUUUUAAAAGGAGGUAAAUGUCUCAUUGUGUUGGACGAUGUGUGGGCGACAGACGUUGUGGAUUCUGUGAUGAAAGUUUUCCCGGAAAUCAGCAAUGGCCAUCGAAUCAUGUUCACCACUCGUGACUUGCGUAUUGGUAGAUAUGCCAAUCCUGAUCCUCACUCAUUGAAAUUUCUGACGGACAAGGAAAGUUUCCAACUGUUGGAAAAAAGAGUUUUUGGCAGUAAUAUUAGAAAGUGCCCUGAAGAUUUAAUAGCACAUGGAGAAAGUAUUGCUAACCAAUGUAGUGGAUUGCCACUUGCUGUAGUGGUAAUUGCAGGAGCUCUAAAAGGACGUACA